AUGCCUGAUCUAGCCGGCCUCGAUGAUGUCGCGAGUUGUACUUCUCCACGCCUGACGAUCCGCGGCAGCAGAUCUGGACAGCUCAACCCAUUCCCUUCGCCAGCGACGGAGACCGAAUACCGGAGGUCUAACUACUACUACUACUACUACUACUACUACUACUACUACUACUACUACUACUACUACUACUACUACUACUACUACUACUACUACUACUACUACUACUACUACUACUACUACUACUACUACUACUACUACUACUACUACUACUACUACUACUACUACUACUACCACUACUACUACUACUGCUACUACUACCACUACUGCUGA